CGUGCGUGUUCGCGGGCGGCAGAGGAGGGGGAUUGUGAGAUCACGAGUGACGGAGCGGGAGUGUGUGAGUGUGUGCGUGGGGGCCCUGUCCUCAGGGUGUAGGAGGACGUGUGGACACUGGGCGCGCUUUGCUGUGGCUGUUCGGGUGUCACUGUGCCGAUGGCUCCUGCCGAUUCUUCGGUCUUCUCCCCUCACAGCCCCCGGGGCUGCAGCAGAGGAAUGGCCCCAGAAGGGAGGUUAGAUAGUGAGCCUAGAAUGAAGCUUUCCGCAAGAAGGCACAGACCUGGACUUGGGGUGGGAAUUUGAGAGCCAGAAGUGCCCUUGAGGACCCCCCCAGGAAGGCAGUUACAUGUUGAGAACCACAGCGUCCUCAGAGCUCUGUCCCCAGGAGCCAGCUGCUAACUUGGACCUAGUCCUCCUUUUACUUCCUUGCCAUUGGAUGUGAGGGAGGGUGUGGCCUUUCAAACUUAGUCGCACUCCAAGAAAAGGCUGGAGUCUCAUGCUUGCUGUAUCUUUCCUCAGUCGUACCAUUAUCCAAAAGAACGACCCCGAGGCCGUUGAGAGCAUUAUUACUGCACACCUAAAAGGCAAGGGUUCAAAGGAAGGUGUCUAAAUAAAAGGUGUCUUUCAUCCAAUUUGGAGACCAGUGUUCUCAUAGGAAAAAGAGGGGGGAAACCUGAGGCAGAUUGACCCAUUUUGUAGUUCUAAAAACAUGGUCCACGGAUCAGUGACAUUCAGGGAUGUGGCCAUCGACUUCUCCCAGGAGGAGUGGGAGUGCCUGGACCCCGCCCAGAGGAACUUAUACAGGGAUGUGAUGUUGGAGAACUACAGUAACUUGCUCUCACUGGCAGAAAAUUUAAUUUCUAAGCCAGAUGUGAUCACCUUACUAGAGCAAGAGCAAGAGCCCUGGAUGGUUGUGAGGAAAGAAACAAGCAGAUGGUACCCAGAUUGGGAGUCAAAUUAUGGAACUGAGAAAAUAUCUCCAGAAAAUGAUAUUUCAGAAGUAAAUUUAUCCAAACAGGGUAUCAAGCAAAUGAGUAAAACUCUUGGUCCUGAGGCCUCCCAUUUUAGAAUUGACUCAAAAUAUGGAAGUAGAUUUGAGGGGCUACAGGGACAUCAAGAAGGAUAUAUCAAUCCAAGGAUAAUCAGCUAUGAAAAAAUGCUUACUUAUACUCCUCAUACUUCUGUUACUCAUGAUACAGAUAAACCAUAUGAAUGCAAGGAAUGUGGGAAAUACUUCAGUCGUGGUUCAAAUCUUAUUCAGCAUCAGAGUAUUCAUACUGGAGAGAAACCCUAUGAAUGUAAGGAAUGUGACAAGGCCUUUAGACUUCACAUACAACUUACUCGACAUCAGAAAUUUCACAUUGGUGAGAAACCUUUUGAAUGUAUGGAAUGUGGAAAGGCCUUUAGUCUUCUCAACCAGCUUAAUCGCCAUAAGAACAUUCAUACUGGUGAGAAACAUUUUGAAUGUAAAGAAUGUGGGAAGUCCUUUAAUCGUAGCUCAAACCUUAUUCAACAUCAGAGUAUUCAUGCUGGUGUGAAGCCAUAUGAAUGUAAGGAGUGUGGGAAAGGGUUCAAUCGUGGUUCAAACCUUAUUCAGCAUCAGAAAAUUCAUUCUAAUGAGAAACCCUUUGUAUGUAAGGAAUGUGGGAUGGCCUUUCGAUAUCAUUACCAACUUAUUGAACAUUGCCAAACUCAUACUGGUGAGAAAUCUUUUGAAUGUAAAGAAUGUGGAAAGGCCUUUACUCUUCUUACAAAGCUUAUUCGACAUCAGAAGAUUCAUACUGGUGAGAAACCCUUUGAAUGUAAGGAAUGUGGAAAGGCCUUUAGUCUUCUCAACCAGCUUAAUCGCCAUAAGAACAUUCAUACUGGUGAGAAACCAUUUGAAUGUAAGGAGUGUCGGAAAUGCCUUGAUCGUAGCUCAAACUUUAUUCAGCAUCAGAGUAUUCAUGCUGGUGUGAGGCCAUAUGAAUGUAAGGAGUGUGGGAAAGGCUUUAAUCGUGGUGCAAACCUUAUUCAGCAUCAGAAAAUUCAUUCCAAUGAGAAACCAUUUGUAUGUAAGGAAUGUGGGAUGGCCUUUCGGUAUCAUUACCAACUUAUUGAACAUUGCCGAAUUCAUAGUGGUGAGAAACCCUUUGAAUGUAAAGAAUGUGGAAAGAACUUUAGUCUUCUGACACAGCUUGUUCGACACCAAAACAUUCAUACAGGUGAGAAACCAUUUGAAUGUAAGGAAUGUGGGAAGGCCUUCAAUCGUGGCUCAAACCUUAUUCAACAUCAGAGUAUUCAUACUGGUGAGAAACCCUAUGAAUGUAAGGAAUGUGGGAAGGCUUUUAGACUUCAUCUACAACUUUCUCAACAUCAAAAAACCCAUACUGGUGAGAAACCUUUUGAAUGUAAGGAAUGUGGGAAAUUCUUUCGUCGUGGUUCAAAUCUUAAUCAACAUCGGAGUAUUCAUACUGGAAAGAAACCUUUUCAAUGUAAAGACUGUGGGAAAGCCUUUCGACUUCAUGUGCAACUUAUUCGACAUCAGAAAUUUCAUGUUAGUGAGAAACCUUUUGAAUGUAUGGAAUGUGGAAAGGCCUUUAGUCUUCUCAACCAGCUUAAUCGCCAUAAGAACAUUCAUACUGUUUAAUCUGUUCUGUGUUGAUUUGUUCUCUUUGACCUUCAUCUUUGGAGUCAACCGGUUCCCUGAGUAUCCACCCAUCAUAAUUCCUUUGAGAGAGUCAUUGCACACCUGGUAGUCUCAUCAAGGAUUACCAUAAAAUAGCAAGCCCUGGUUGCCUUCCUAAAUGCAAUCUUGGCAAUGCUAUGUUGGGAAGUCAGAGAUCCUUUGCAAAAUUAAUGAAGCACUUUAAAAUAUUUGCUAAAAAUUACAAGAUUAUAAUUCUUUAAAUCACCUAAUACUUUUAAAAGUAGAAAAGGCAUCCAUAAAAUGUUUUGUUACUUACAAGAUCAGUAAACAUUAAAUCCAUUUACAAAAGUAAUUUUCUCAAUUUUAAUUCCCGUUUUUCUUUAUUCAUAUAUAUGCUUAUUCAUGUUAUUCUUAUCUCUUCACAUUGCCUUUUCAGGGUUUUAAUAAUUGUACAGUUUGGUCUUUAUUAUGCUGUUAAUAUUUUUACUUGUCCCCAAAGAAAGACAUACAAUCAAAUAAAAAGUUAUAGGGCCUUGAAUUAGAUUAUGAUGUCAAGGUGACCCUGAGUAACGGUUAUUAAGCUCUUUAAAUUUUUAGUAACAGAUUUACCAAAAUGGAAUGGGUCAGUUAAAUCAUGUUUCUUUUGGUAUACAUUUAAUUAUAUAAUCCCCUUAAGUUGUGCUUGGUUAGCAGUUCACCUGUUGUCUGUUAUACAUUUAUAUAUUUAACUGGUCUGUUACAUUUAUUAUGUAUUUAUGUAUUGCUUAAUAUUUUAUUAGAGGAACAAGUUUUUAAAACAAUUUUAUAAAUUUCAUCGCCUAGGACAAGAGGAUUAAAUAUGUGUUCUUAGUCUUUAGGACAUUUGGGUAUUUUAUUAUUUUGAAGUGGUAUUGAAUACUUCAUUUAUUUGGUUUUUGAGUAUGGCCUUCACUCUUAAGCAUGGAUUUUUAUUUAGAACUCAUUUUAUCUGGCUAAUGUGAGUUACGAUUAGCCACUACUAGUACGGAUGCAUUUUUUUCCUCAUUCCUGGUAUAUUACCUGUUCCAGAAUUAUCUGGCUUACUCAAAUUUCCCUGUCUUUAUUCCAUCCUGCUUUUAUGGAUGAAUACAAAUAGAUAAUGGUACUCUUUAAUCAAACAUAAAGUUGAGGCCGGGCGUGGUGGCUCACGCUUGUAAUCCUAGCACUCUGGGAGGCCGAGGCAGGUGGAUUGCUCAA